UAAAAAACGUGAUCGUCCGGCUGGUCAACGGGGUCAAUGGCCUCUGCCGUAUGAAGUACCUCAGGCAUUGAGAAUAAUGCCGGACUUUGGUGCCUUAUCCUGGAUUCAACCAAAGACCCCAGAUCCACCACCCUCAAGUUUCGGUUUCCAUUGAACCUAAUCGAAGUUUGAAACUGCAAUCUCGACCUUCUCUCCACUUAAGGCUCGAACCAUUGUCAUGUUUUCAUUCACUAUUCCCAGCUUGCGAAAUGUGAAAUCUCUACAUGCCGUCAUAUGCGCUUUUCCUCAGGAUUCAGAUGCUGACCCUGCACGACUUGGGCCAGAACGACUAAAAGUGUUGACGUCUCAUCACUUUCUCAGCCAUUCGAUAGGUGCUAUCGCACGCAAUAUGCAUGCUGUGAGUGAGAGAGGUGGCAGUUGUGCUAUGAGCUCGUAUGCCAUCUAGGACUAAAAUGACCUUAUCAGUCCUUGUGCGUGUCAUUCUAUGGGAUACAGUAAGUUGGCUGCAUGCCGGGCGGACCUUGGAAUCUCAAUCCAAUUGCUGGAGCUCUUAUCUCUGGUCUGCAUCGCUGCUGCUCGUCUCUGGAAUCUCUGGGUGCGCUAUCACUCGAGAUGAAUUCAUCAACAAAUUCCUCAACAAAGGGUGGCCACCGACGCCUUGCAUGACUGGAUUCACUCAUCCUGCUGGUGCCAUUAGGUUUGCCUUAUCAGGAAGGGAUUAAUACGCAGGGUAACUCGAACUGGGAGGUGGGCUUGAUGUGCUUCGCCUGGUCGAUCCAAUUUUCGAGUUCUCAGUGAAAGCCCCUGAAGUUUCGUUCUUGGCGGUAGGACGGAGCACUUGCAGGACUUAUG